AAAAGGUUCGUACAAAAAAAUAAAAGGUUUAUAAUUUCUUAUUAACCCCCGCUAACCCCCGUUCUCUCCUCAACUGCUUAUGUACAUACUACCCGAAUUUCUCAAUCUCCCCGGAACAUUUUGGUCCAGUCGAACCGGAUAAGCAGCUGGAUAUUUAAAAUAUAUAAGUUCAGGAUUAUUAUUAUAAACAACCCCCGUGGAAAGUUCACAUAAAAAACCCCAAUUGAAGAAUUGCAGCAUUAACUCAUCAUAAUCUAACAACAACAAACAAUCAUCAUGCCACGAUUUUAUCGUAGAAGUCAAUCGCCUUUAGAGGAUAACAAUAACACCCGUAUCCGCCGAAGAUUCGGUCAUGCUCAAAGUUCUCCUGAUUGUCGCUUAUGUAGAAGGGACCACCCACUACGAAAAUGCUUGAGGUUUAAGCGAAUGAACGUCUCAGAGAAGGUUCGUGUGGUAAAGCAACAUAAGUAUUGCGAGAAUUGCCUCGCCCAUUCGCAUUUAGUGAACCGCUGCCGAAACACCGAUCGUUGUCGCCAAUGUGGCGGCAGACACCACACGCUACUACAUCGUCACAAACGUCUGCGUGAAAAUAAGCGUUCCUCUCAACCCUCUACCAUUCAGUCCUGUUCCAAUCCUUCUGCUGUUACACUACUACCGACUGCCGUUGUAAAAAUACAACUGGGAGAAGAAUGGCGGAGUGUUCGAGGUCUCCUAAAUCCUUGCGCCGAGACGAGCUCUCUAGCAGAGUUUAUUGUAGAUCGCUACAAAAUUCCGGUGGAAACUAUUGGUUCAGAUCGAUGGUGCAAAAUUAAGAUUAGGCCACGUUUUGACGAUGCCCCUAUAUUUGGCCUCACUGUCAAGGUCGUUGGCGACCUACCUACAAGGCAACCAAAAGAUAAAAUUGAUGACAGAGUCGCUUUGCUAUAUACCAACCUUCGAUUAGCAGAUCCCAAUUUUUACAAAAAUAUUGACAUUAACGUUGUCCUUGGUGCAGAUGUUUACGCGCGCCUAAUCAAACCUAAUAUCCAGCCAGAAUCCGUGGGAUCUCCGCUGGCUCAAGACACCGUCCUGGGAUGGAUUAUCAUUGGCAAGUUCGGCAUCUAACUCACUUUCUAUUGCUGUAUAUAUAUUACUGUUAUUAUUUUUUUUACACUUAAUAUAUAUAUUUUUUAUACUUAUUCCUAAUAUGAAUUAAUCGAAUGAAUU